AUGUCAAAGAACGCAAUUUCACGCAAUUGCGGACAGCCUUGGUAUCACUUCAAUCGAAUUUGCAACUUCUACAUUACCCGCAAGAAAGUUCAUUUCCUCCUAUUCAAUUUUAGAUUGGCUGAUCUUUAUGAAGAACACCCUCCAAAUGUUUCUUGUAGUAGUAGCAGUUCCUCAAUAGGGACGGGCUCUCAAAGAAGUUGGGUACGUCAACAACAACCCCAACAAACAACAAAUUUAAUAAAUUUUGCUCUACCCCAAUAUAAUCAAAUAGACGAUGAAGAACAAAAAGGGGUUGAAAAAGAAGAUCGACAAGGUUCAUUAAAUGGACACGAAAAGAGGAUUUCACUUGAAAGGGAGCACGUUUCUGAAAGUUCCCCUCUUUCUCCAAAUGGUGGUAAACAUGUUACUUUAUUCCCUUCUGAAGAAUUGGCACGCCUUUCAAUUGACAAAAGACAUCCCUUACCUAUUAAUAGAGAAUAUGAAGGACAACAGAACCCUCAAAGUUUGCCUCCGUUAAUUCCUAGACGGAAGCCAACAACUUUAACUUAUGGACACCAGGCACCUUUGUUCAUUCAACAAAGAAAUGGGGGUGGGGGAGGAAGAGGAGGUGACAUUAGAUCCCAUGAUGACAUUAGAUCCCAUGAAGGAAAUUUAAUAUUAAAUGGUGAUUUGUCUUUGUUACUUGAACAACCAAGCACUCCGAUUGGCAAUUUUAGACCAAUACAAGCAUCUGAAAUGUUUGAAGAAGAAGGGUCUUUUGAUAAUAAUAAAACACCAGAAACGGCUUCUUCAAUUACUACAAAUACUACUUCAAUUAGUGAACGUUCUGAUCCUAGAUUACAAUAUGCUAAUCCUUAUAGCAGUUAUGCUGCUGCAAUGUGUUCACCGAUAAUACCUGAUGAGACAAUACUAAAUCAACGAAAGAAAAGUUUUUCAACAAAAUCUUCAACACCUCCCCAACAACACCAACAAUAUUACAGUACUAGUCACUCUCAUUUACCUCCUCCCCCCUCAACAUCCUUACAAUUUUUACAGCGUCGCAAUUCUCGUCAACCAACACCCCCAGCAAUAUUUUCCCCAAAAUUUGAACAAGAUUUUGCACAACAAAAAGAAAUGGCAAAAAUAUUUCACUAUACUCCCCCUCCUCCCCCUCAACAUUCGUCCUCCUCUUUUUCGUCUUCUGGGCAUGAUUCCUCCGCAUCAACCUCUUCAAAGGCUGGAAUUUCUUCCUCUAAAAUACCUCAUCCAAAUUUGACAGCUAUACAGAAAAGAAGAAAACAACAAUUUGCGUCUGCAUUUGAACAUGUACCUAAAAUGUAA